CAAAUUCUGCCAGCAUGGCAUGUAACAUCGCCCACCAUGCUUCCCCCAGGCGCUGCUCCUCCGUUAACUCCUACGACUCCAGAACACCAUGUCCAGUUUGCUUCAUAUCCCCCAGAGAGCUCCAAUAAUGUCACCAUUGCUUCCCCCAAAAAGCCUUCCUCUCCUGUUGAAGAUCCCAGAGACAUUAUUGAUUCGACCACCGCAAACGUCUGGACCCCACUACCCCUUCGCCCCAUAUUCUACAUUCCUUACAUUGUCCUGCUCGUUCUACUCGCUGUAGGUCUUGAAAUCGCUUUUCACUUUUCACAGAAAAAUACCGGUUUCAAAGUUCAUGGAAAUCCCAAUGCGCUCGGCAAACAGGCUGGCGUCUGGCAUUACAUCUACACUCUACCCCUAGUAGCUCUCGCUAUGUGCAUCGUGGGUGUUUGGGCUUGGACAGAUAUCGAGAUCAAAAAACUCCAACCCUACGUUGAUCUCGUCCAAGGCAACUCCCCUCCCCACAAAUCCUUACUUUUAGAUUACACACGCACUCACAAUUUUUUCGUCUGGUUCGACGCUCUUUCCAAUAGACACUACACCGUCACUAUCGCUGCCCUCCUUGCUUUGGCCUCGCUUGCGUUCCAACCUCUUUCAGCUUCCCUCCUCGAAGUCAGAGAUAUAUGGUGGUCUCUUCCUCUUUCUACCACCACCGCAAACUCCGUAUUCGGUCUUUCACCAGGCAUCGCAGACCCAAAUUCCCCCGUCGGAGACACGUCUGUCUUCCUAAGCGCUGCCGGCUUCGCAGCUGCAGCCGUCUCUUACGACGUUCCUAACCCACCCUUCGUAACCAUAGCUGAUGAUGGUACUGGAUGGACUCUGAUGGAUGUCAAAGUACCCCCCGAACUUCCUCGCAACGGGACAACAGUAGCUAUGAACACCACCGCUAUCAAUACCAACGUCAAUUGCAGAUCCACUUCUGUUAACAUGGCACAGCAGGGUGGUCCCGGCAAUUGGAUCAACACCAUACAAGAUUCCGCCACUAACUGCGGUCUGACAUUCAACGUCUCCAAGACAGGGCCGACGUUGUUCGGUGCUUCUGUCGCCAUUUGCUCAAAUACUUCAACAAGCAAUCUUAACGAUCCUGUCAUCUUUUGGUUUUUCACUUACGUCCCACAACCUCGAGCAUCUGCCACCAUAUGCACACCCACUGUCAAGAUGUUUGAGGUUACGGCAACGCUUCGUCUCGACGAGGGUCUCGAUGGAAAUGUUAUCAAGGUAGUCCAAGGAAAACCGUUUGAUCAGACGAAAUCACCGUUUGCUGGGAGUGCUGGGAAUUUAUCUGCACUUGUGGACUCAUCCACUGGAUCCAUAAAAGCAUUCAACGGCAUCGUAUGGAAUUCUACGCUUACCACUAAUGAUUCGAGUAUAAAGGACAGAAUGUCAGCUGUCGGAGUUGUCAUGCCUGCUGCAAUAUUUCGGUCUGCUUCGAGUGGUGAUGUUGGUGUCGCUGGGGCGUUUACGGCUGAUAAAUUCCCAGACUUGAGCAACAAGGUGUACACCUCAUACCUAUCCCUCGUUGCCAAGAGCCUCUAUUUCGUCCAGCCACCGGCAGGGACCAAUGUCCAAUUACAGCCGAAAACGACGGUAAAGAGAUUAUUCUUGAGUGCCUUCUCAACACACUUCCUCACAGCCCUCCUCCUCAUCCUCGCCAUCUUCUCCAUCUUCAUCCAUGUUACCCACACUUACUCCCGCCGUAACCUCCAUCUUCGACAUCUUCCCGGUACCAUCGCAUCAGCCGUAUCCAUAGGCGGACAAACAUCCACAUCUGCUCUUCUAGCCAAAUCAACUGCGCCAACAGAAUCAGAUCUGGAAUACGCGUUGCGGGAACGACGAUUCCGGAUUGAUCCGAAAACGAUGAAGAUUGUGAUGGAAGGGGACGAAGGGUACGACUAUGCUUCGAGUCCGAAUCGAGGGGAGUUCCAGUGGGUUGGAGAGGCGCUUAAGAGGGGGGGUAGGAGAGUCAGUGGGGUGUUUACCACGAGUGGAGGAGAGUAUGGGAGGAGGAGACCUGCCAGUGUUGUUAGUGGGUUUGGUGGAAGUGCGGGACCCAGAUCGCCCAGAUCACCCAGGUCACCGAUGCCUGUUUCAGAGGCUGAGCCGAAGAUGCCUUUGAUGACGAGUAGGUCUCCGGAGCCAUAGAAAGCGUUUGUUUUGUUUUUGGUUUUCUUGCCCUUUUUUCUGUUGUUUUUUUGAAUACCCUAAGUAUCCCGGCUCUUGCUUUUUAGGUUCUUGAUCUUUUAGGACGUUGAUUGUUUAAUUUGCGACCUUGUCCUUCGUUGGGAUCCACCCUUGGACCCCUUUUACCUGUUUACGAUUUCGGAUGCUCAUACGAACAUGUGAUGUAGUAAUGCUUAAAUACACCCCUACACUAACAGUUCACCUUG